AUGUCGAAACCUUUGGUGUACACCACAACUCUUUUAGUUGAUUAUCGUUGGAAAUUUGUACCAACAACACCAUUCGUAUCAAAUCCUUCAGAACAAUUAAUUGAUGGAUCGGGAAUGGUAUAUAAACCGUACGGUGAAAUACCAUCUCUACGAGUUGGUCAUACCGUGGUAGCAUAUCAGGGAAAGGUUUAUUUAUGGGGCGGUUGUUGUCCCGCUACAAGAUUUAUAUAUCCGAAAAUAUACUGUUUUGAUCCUGUACAACGAACUUGGUCAGUAAUUCCAAGUGCUAAUGAGCCACCAAUUCCGCGUAUAAAGCAUACUGCUGUUGUAUACAAUGAUACGAUGUUCAUUUAUGGUGGUAUAGAAAAUGAUUCAGCAACUAAUGGAAUAAUAUUAUGCAACAAUAUUUGUGCAUAUCAUUUUGAAACAAGAAAAUGGCGUUAUAUAAUUAUAUAUGGUGGAAUAUCAGUGGAACGAUUUCAACAUACAGCAUGCGUAAUUGAUGGAAAAAUGUAUGUAUAUGGUGGAAUUGAUGCAGAGCAGUGGACAUUGUGUUUGGAUAUCAUCGAUUUACAGCAAGGUUAUUGCCAAAGGCCCGUAACAAAAGGUCGAAGGCCACGUGGAAUACGAGCAGCGUGUUCUUGUAUACGGGUUUACAACAGUAAAAUGUAUAUAUUUGGUGGUUAUCGAUUUAGAAGUGAACAUUACAUAACCACACUUCAUCGAUUUGAUCCUAAAACAAUGGUAUGGCAGAGAAUAAAACCAUUUGGUUUAAGAGGUCCAAGUGGUCGAGAGCGCCAUUGCGGAGUUGUCGUUGGCGAUUGCGCUUAUGUAUUUGGUGGUGAAUUGUAA